GGAUGCGGUGAUUGGCUAAACACGAAGCGGGCGGAAGAGGAUCUGUGGUCACGUGAGCGGCGCGGCGGGAUGGUGCGGGCGCCGCGGGUGCGGUUCGGGCCCAGCCCUACAGGGCUCCUGCACCUGGGCGGCCUCCGCACCGCCCUGUACAACUACCUGUUCGCCAGGAAACACCGCGGGGCCUUCGUCCUGCGGGUGGAGGACACGGACCAGGCCCGUGUGGUGCCGGGUGCCGCCGAGGACAUCGAGGACCUGCUGGACUGGGCCGGUAUCCCCCCUGAUGAGAGUCCUCGCCGCGGCGGCCCCUUUGGACCCUACCAGCAGUCCCACAGGCUUGAGCUUUACCAAAGCGCCAGCGCUGAGCUGUUGGAGAGGGGCGCAGCAUAUCGCUGCUUCUGCACCCCUCAGCGCCUGGAGCUGCUGAAGAAGGAGGCUCUGCGGAGCCAGCAGACCCCACGAUAUGACAACCGGUGUCGGCACCUGACACCUGCAGAAGUAGAUGAGAAGCUGUCCCAGGGCCUUGACUGGGUCAUCCGCUUCCGUCUGGAGAAGGGGGUGGAGCCCUUUCGGGACCUCGUCUAUGGCUGGAACAAGCACGAAGUGGCUGACGUGGAAGGCGACCCUGUAAUUCUCAAGGGGGACGGGUUCCCCACAUACCACCUGGCGAACGUGGUGGACGACCACCACAUGGGCAUCAGCCACGUCCUGCGGGGCACUGAGUGGCUGACAUCGACAUCCAAGCACCUCCUUCUCUACAAAGCCUUUGGCUGGGACCCCCCUCAGUUUGGUCACCUCCCGCUGCUCCUGAACAGAGAUGGGGCCAAGCUGUCGAAAAGGCAGGGGGACAUCUCUCUGGGGCGAUUUGCUCGGGACGGCUACUUGCCAGAGGCUCUGCUGGACAUCAUCACCAACUGUGGCUCUGGAUUCGCAGAGAAACAGAUGGGGAGGACAUUGGAGGAGCUGAUCUUGCAGUUUGAAAUAGGCAGAAUUACAACUCAUUCUGCCCUCCUGGAUCUGGAAAAACUUCCGGAAUUCAACAGGAUCCACCUCGCCCGUCACAUUGAGCACGUGGGGCUGCGACAGAAGCUCAUCAGAGAGCUGCAGUUGCUGGUGGAGCACGUCUAUGGGGGUCAGCAAGUGGAUCGAGAGGUUCUAGAAAAGGAGUAUGUGGAGCGAGUCCUCCUGCUGAGAAAAGGUCACAUCAGCUUCCUGAAGAAUCUGGUGUCAUCUGAUUAUUCUUACUUAUGGGUGAGGCCCUCGGUGUCCCGAGAGCAGCUACAAACAAUUUCUGCCGAAGCAGAUGAAAUAGGAACACUGGUCCUAGGGCUCAUGACAAAGCCAGGAGCUGUUUUGAGUGUGGAGGAGUUGAACAAAGAGCUGAGAAGCCUGCAGGAGCAAACCAGAGAGACCAAGUACAGCAGCGUGAUGAAGGUCUUGCGCUUGGCCCUCAGUGGGCAGCAGCAUGGACCAAGCGUUGCCGAGAUGAUGGUGACUCUGGGACCCAAAGAAGUGUGUGGACGAAUACGCAAAGCGCUAUCUGGCUGACAUGAAAUAGAAACGACACCCACAGCCAGGCCACAGACUUGAACAGCAUAGGCAGUGCGGGGACUUGUCCUAGAGCUGAGGUUUUUGAUCUCAGCGUGGUUGUCUGUGAUCAGAUGAGCUGGGCGUUAAAGCAGGCGGGUGUUGCUGUGGUGUUUCCAGGUCUGGAUGUAUCUGCACUAAACAUGAGCCACUUUGACUGGGAGAGGAGCCAAACACAGAUCUGGGGCUGUCCUGCUUCCGUCUCGUGCAAACAGCCUUGUUUCCAGGUUGGAAGAAAGAGAGUUCUAUCAGCUUUUAAAUUCAGAUCGUGUGGACAGACAGUAACGCUGUUUCUGAUGCCAGCAUGGUUCAUAUCAAGUGAUCGGUCUUCUUUAGGAGAGAGCUUUGCAAUCGGGGUACCUGCAGCUACGACUGCACAGGUCCCCAGCGAAUAAUACUGUGCAGAGGGUUUUUUUUAUAUAAAUAAAACUGUAUAUAUAAUAUAUUAUGUAUAUUAUAGCUGCCUUGCUGUCGUGCCAGGCUGAGUGAGGUGCUCAGAGAAGGGGGACUCUCCUCCCUGUCUACAGUGUCACGCGCAUGGUUCUGCUAAAAAUA